GUCCACACUAAGUGUCUGUCAAAAAUCGGUCAAGAUAUUGAAUGCCAAAACUAUUUUCUCGGAACUGAAAAUUGGUUUCCACUGAAAGUGCUAAGUGGUUUUCAGCAGCGGUAAGGAUCACCGAGACGACGUUUUAAAAAAAAUCAGCCAGCAAAAACUUUGCACACGUGAACAAUAUGGCCGACAUGCCCGACUUAGAGAAUGAUAUCUCCUUCAACCAGAAGGGGGAAAAUGAUGCACCAAUGGAGGCCGGGAUUCCAAUAACGACCAUAGCCACCGGGUCCGAGAAGCGCGGAACUGCAGCUCCAGAGUCGGCGGCUACCUCCGGCAAGGGUGAAAAGCCGGAGAUCGAGGCGGAACCGCCUUCGAACACCUAUGUGAAGGGCCUGCAGAAGGACUCCAAGGGUGAGGAAUCCCCCAAGAAAAUCGACGCAGAUCAGCAGGGACAGUCGGCGGUGGGCCGUGAGCAGAGGGAAGAAUCACCAUCUGAAUCUUUUCGCCAAUCCGGGGAUCAGAUUAACGUCCGUCAGCUGGGCGGAGUCAUGGGCCUGGAGGAAGAAGCUUCACCCGAAGCUCUUCGCCAAUCCGAGGAGGAACAGAAACAGUCUAAAGCAAAUUCCUUGCUAAAGCGCGGUUCCCAGGAUACGGUAGAUGAUACGUUCGCUCCACAGGCUAAGAAGCCAAAUCUUUUGAAAACACAAGACGUGGACCAGGAGAUCUAAAACUAUUCUCCAAACCAGGUCAUUACGUCACUACGCGGCUCCUGCUUACCCUGCCAAAGAUGUAGCUCGCUCUCAAACUUAAACUAUGCCUACUACUCACGUUACGUUACAAAAACACUACAAUGCGGACAAUUCUAAACUUAAUUCAUUGAAUUAGAUAUUUGUCUUUAAUAUAA